AUGACUCCGAAUCGUAAAAGCACGGAUUCGUACAACAUGCUCGGCGCGUCGUUCGAUUUCGACCCGGAUUUCUCGCUUUUGUCGAAAAAAACUCACAAGAACAAGAAUCCAAAGCCGCCGGUCAAGCUUCUCCCCUACCGCCACGGAAGCAACACCACCUCCUCCGACUCGGACAGCUUUAUCCUCAACAGUGGAUCGGGAUCAUCCGACGAUGAGACCCCACCACCAGUGGCUCCGAUUUUCAUUUCGCUCGAAGAUGUGCUGCUCAACGGGCAGCUCAUCGAUUUCGCAAUCUAUCCAUCGGGGAAAUUCGACCACUCCAACACCAUCCACUCGGACAGCUAUGCCUUCGGAUCUGGAUCUUCAGACGAUGAGACUGCACCACCGGUGGCUCCGAUCACCAUCUCGCUCCAGGAUGUACUGCUCAACGGUCAGCUGAUCGAUUUUUUAAUCGAUCGAUACGGUGUAAAGGAAUCGGCGGACGUUGGAAACGUUCAGAAUGCCGGUCAGAUGGCGGUGCCGGAGCCAAAUGAUGCUCGUAACAAGAGAAAACGAUUCACACCUGAAAGAAUCUCACCGAAUGGACGUCAAAGUGAAAUGGAAGAGCCUCAAGAUACCCAUCGGAAUUCGGAAUCUCCUGAUGCUCAACAAUUCCAAUGCUCCAUUUGUAAUGAUGAAUUUCGGACAGGCUCGCCACGUCUACCAUCUGCAUACCCUUCCCUAUCCGUAUUACUGCGGUAUCUGUGGGCUGUCGUAUACUGCAACAAGGCUUGUGCACUGGAAUCACGUCAGAGUUCACCAUGCUGGAGAGAUACCACUUCGUCAGGGUCGGACCAUGGCGGAGUUGAGGGAUCACGCCGCCGAACUUACACGCAUGAUGAUUGCCAACGAGGCCUUCCCUUACGCUGUUGAAGCUUAA